CUUUACAACAUCGCGGAAACAUUACAACUUGGCAACCAAUAUUCUCCCAUCUGAUUGGCUGACAGCCUUAAACCAAAAUGUUGUCAUGUGACAUCGACAAACAAACAGGAACUGCUGUAUAAUCGGCUCCACAAUGGCCGCCUCUCUGAUCAGUUUCCUGUUAGUGGCUCCAGUUCUGCUAACAGCUGCUGGUCCGGUUCACGGCUCCAGCAACGACACCGUUCCCCUGGUGAUAUGGCACGGGAUGGGUGACAGCUGCUGUAACCCUGUCAGCAUGGGGGCGAUAAAGAAGAUGAUCGAGGGGGAGAUUCCAGGCAUUUACGUUCUCUCACUCAUGAUCGGGAAAAACGUCAUUGAGGACACAGAAAAUGGAUUUUUCAUGGAUGUGAAUCAGCAGGUGUCCAUGGUCUGCAGUCAACUGGCUCAGGAUCCAAAACUGAAGGCAGGAUACAACGCCAUGGGCUUCUCCCAGGGGGCGCAAUUUCUGAGAGCCGUAGCUCAGCGCUGUCCUUCUCCACCAAUGAAAAAGCUCAUAUCUGUGGGUGGUCAGCACCAAGGAGUCUACGGUCUCCCUCGCUGUCCUGGGGAAAGCUCCCACAUCUGUGACAUCAUCCGUAAAGCUCUGAACAGCGGCGCGUACACAGACAUGGUCCAGAAACAUCUGGUCCAGGCUCAGUACUGGCACGACCCGUUAAACGAUGACCUGUACAAGAAGCACAGUCUGUUCCUGGCCGACAUCAACCAGGAGCGGGUCAUAAAUGAGACGUACAAGAAGAAUCUGCAGCAGCUGGAGAAGUUUGUGAUGGUGAAGUUUCUACAGGACACUGUGGUGGACCCUGUGGACACCGAGUGGUUUGGUUUCCUGAAGACAGGUCAGGCCAAGGAGACGGAGACGCUGCAGCAGAGUGUCUUAUACACCGAGGAUCGCCUCGGCCUGGCAGCGAUGGACAAAGCUGGGAAGUUAGUGUUCCUGGCCACAGAGGGAGACCACCUGCAGUUCACCAAAGAGUGGUUCGACAAAAACCUGCUGCCUUUCCUGCACUAGAGACGCAAAACCAGACUCCUGUAGUUCUAAUCAACCACUGUUACAAAAAGUCAAGGAAAUCAGGAUCAAAUUAUUGCAUUUACACAAUAAAAAACACAUUCAUUUUGCACUGAUCAACUGGAGCUAACUGAUGCUAAGUUAAUGAUGAAAAAUAAUUUAGCUUUUUUAAUUAAUUAUUUUAGUAUAAAUGUUUGUUUUUUUACUUUGUUUUUUAAGCUUAAUGUUGUAACAACUGAAAUGAGAAAAUAAAAGUUUGACCAGAAAA